GGAGAUGCGAAGGGGGAUGAGAAAAUUUCUUCCGGAAUAUAAGAAGGUGGUUUAUCGUGCUUACACGGAUAAAACCUUCAAGCAGCCAGUCUAUCGAGGAGAGCUUCAAGAACACUUGGGAAUCAUGGGACCUGUUAUCAGAACUGAAGUCUAUGAUCUCCUCACAAUUACCUUUAAAAACAAUGCAAACAGGCCCUACUCUCUUCAUCUUCAUGGGGUAUAUGACCGAAACCAACAGGCUGGCCUACAAAACAACGGGCCUCCUGCUGUUCCUGGAGAACCUGUUCCUCCUGGAAAGACUCAGGUUUAUUACUGGAAAAUAAACAAGAAACAAGGACCCUCAGAUCCGGAGUUUGACUGCAAGACUGGAGCCUACUACUCCACUGUGGACAAGGAAAGGGACAUUCAUUCUGGUCUGAUUGGUCCACUUGUGAUCUGUAAGCCUGGAACCCUGCAGAAUAACAUCAACACCCAGCCAGGUAUCCAGGACUUCUCCCUGCUCUUCCACACCUUUGAUGAAACUAAAAGCUGGUACCAUGAGGAGAACCUGCUGAGGUACUGCGCUCCCCCCUGUCAGGCCAACACAGAGGAUCCAUGGUACCACACUAGCAAUAAGUUUGCAGCAAUAAAUGGUUAUGUGGCCGAGACUCUACCUGGUUUGAUUGUGGCCCAGCAUCAGCCAGUGAGAUGGCACCUUCUAAACGUCGGAGGUGACAGAGAGUACCAUGCAGUCCACUUCCACGGUCUGCCUUUCACUGUCCACGCUACACAAGAACACCGAAUGGGGGUCUUCAGCCUUUUUCCUG